UUGUGAAAAUUUUAGAGCAUAAGAUUUGUAAGACGUUACUUGAAAAACGGAACGAAUUUUCUGUGUGGCACAGAAACCAGCACGGAUGUCGUUUUAGAAGACGCUAGUCUCGCUUCCGGUCUCUUUUCCCUCGGCCACAGGGCGACAAUGACGAAGGGAACAUCCUCUUUCGGUAAGCGCAGGAACAAGACGCACACCCUGUGCCGUCGUUGUGGCUCCAAAGCAUACCACCUGCAGAAGUCGUCUUGCGGCAAAUGUGGUUACCCCGAGAAGCGCAAGAGAAAGUACAACUGGAGUGCUAAGGCCAAGAGGAGGAACACCACUGGCACCGGUCGGCUGAGGCACCUCAAGGUUGUGUACCGUCGAUUCAGGAAUGGAUUCCGGGAAGGUACCACCCCCAAGCCUAGACGUGCUGCAGUGGCAGCCUCCAGCUCCUCCUAAAAGACACAUUUUUGUUUAAAUAAAUGUGACCAACACACAAAAA